AUGACUACAUCCCCAACUCCUAUCCAAGAGGAACGUAAAGAAGCUCCAAAUGCUCAACAAGAUAAGGCUACCGCUGCUACUGCUACUACAUUAUCUAAAGCUGAACAAGCUUUAACUGAAGAGAGAGUUUCAAACAUUGGUUGGUACUUUAUCAAAUCGUACUAUGAUUUCUACAUCUCAAAAUUGGAUGUUAUUUAUAAAAUUUACCAAGAAAAUGCGUCAAUCUUGCACGACGCUUUCCCGGUUGGUGACGAUAAUGAUGAGGAUGAUGAGUUAACCACUAGUUAUAAAGCUCGAGGAACUGACGCUAUCAAAAAGUGCUUUGCUGAGCACUUAUCGGGCGGAGGUAACGAUACAAACAGAAUUGUCAUUACUAGUGCCUCUUUCCAGGUAUCAUUGGAGAAAAACAUUAUCAUUGUCACUUUUGGAGAGUGGUCCAAAAAUGAUUCACCUUUUAAGCAAUUCACGCAAACAUUUGUCUUGACUCCAGGUAAGAGGGAGAGUACUUAUGACGUUGCCAAUGAUAUUUUGAAAUUCAUUGAGAGUAAUGGAUUCAAGGAUAAUAAAUCAACAACCCAAGAGGAUGUUAAAGAGGGUGGAAAUGUCGAUGUAGACGAAAAAACAGCUGCAAAGGUUGAUGGCGGUGUUCCAGUUGUUGAGACACAAGAGCAGCCAGCAUCGGAAGCCAUAAACACCACCGAGAAAACAGCUGAGCGUGAGGUGAAGAAGGAGGAACAGGAAGUUGAAGCAAUGAAGGAAGCCGAGCCGGGUGUUCAAGAAAACGUCGAAGAAAAGAGCGAGGAUGCUCCAAAAUCGGAAUCAUCAGAAAAGGAGCCACAACAACAACAACCAAAGGAGGAAAAGAAGGAAAAGAAGCCUGAAGAGCCAGCUAAACCAAAGAGUCCACCUCAACCAUUGACAUGGGCCGAUUUGGCAUACCAAGCCGUUCCUGCUUCCAAACCCACAUCCAAACCAACCACAUCAACCAGCACUACCGCAUCUACACCCAUCUCCACCAAAAAAAACCCAGCAGCUACCCCACAACAACAACAACAACAAUCAACCGGUGCUGGUGGUAGUGGCAAAUUCAAAAAAGACGAAUGGUAUCCAAUCUACAUUCGUGGCAUUCGAUCCAUCGAUGAGAAAGUCUUGAGAGAUCACCUCACCAAGAAAUUUGGUGAAUUAAAGUUUUUCCGUACUAAUCAAAACAUUGCCUUGUGUGAUUUCGUCUUGAAAGAAGCGCAGAGAAAGGCAUUGGAUGCCAAAGAGACGACAUUGGAUGGUGUCGUUAUUAAUUUAGAACCAAGAGAAUCGAAAACGGGUAAUAAUUUCCACAAUAGUAAUAACGGGUACAAUAAAAAGAAGUUUGGUGGUGAUAAGGAUGGUAAAGACAAGUUUGGUGAUAAGAAGGGUAUUAAUGGAAAUACCAAUGGUAGUGGUGGUGGUAGUUCUGGUGGCGGUAAGUUUAGUGACGGAAAGAAAGUUGCCACUAAUGCUAAUGCUGGUGCCACUAAACAAAAAUUAGGUAAGUUGAAUGCUACAAAAUAG